GGCCUUGUGGCACCGCCCAGGCUCGGAUUAGUAGGAGGUGAGAUCCGCCUCUCUGCCCACGUGGGCCUUCCGGACUGCGGAGGAGCAGUGUCCGGCCAUGGCUGGGUUUCGCAGGCUAGAGCUGGCCGAGGCCCUGGAGCUGGGGCCUGGCUGGCGUCAUGCGUGCCACGCUCUGCUCUACGCGCCGGAUCCUGGGAUGCUCUUCGGCCGCAUCCCGCUGCGCUACGCCGUACUGAUGCAGAUGCGCUUCGAUGGACGCCUGGGCUUCCCCGGAGGAUUCGUGGACACGCAGGACAACAGCCUAGAGGAAGGGCUGAACCGCGAGCUGCGCGAGGAGCUGGGCGAGGCUGCGGCCGCCUUCCGCGUAGAGCGCACUGACUACCGCAGCUCCCACGCCGGGUCAGGGCCGCGCGUUGUGGCCCACUUCUACGCCAAGUGUCUGACGCUUGAGCAGCUGUUGGCUGUGGAGGCCGGCGCUACACGCGCCAAGGACCACGGGCUGGAGGUGCUGGGCCUGGUGCGAGUGCCCCUGUAUACCCUGCGGGAUGGUGUGGGAGGCCUGCCUACCUUCCUGGAGAAUUCCUUUAUUGGCUCUGCCCGGGAGCAGUUACUGGAAGCUCUCCAGGACUUGGGACUGCUACAGUCUGGCUCGAUCUCAGGCCUUAAGAUUCCAGCUCGUCACUAGAGGCAGUCCUCCAUGGACCCAUGGAAACUGAGAUGAGGACCUUGGUACUAGGGAGGGAGGGAAGGAUGGGGGAAUGUUUUCUUAUUGGACCUGAGAGAUGAUACAUGAUGCCAGAUUAAAAGAAGAAGUGUGUACCAUAUGUUUUGAGCAGAGGACCCUCCAACUCAUGGCACCAGGGACAAAAAUCCACAGCUCAUCCCAGGUACCCUGGCAGCUUCUCAGAGCCUGCCUCCUCCCUGUAUAUAUGCAUAUAGCCUGGUAACCCCCAGGCAUGCAAAUAUACAAUCUGUAACAACACA